CCUACAAUAAAAACGGUCAAACUCUUUGUUUUUUAGAUACGGAAACGAGAAAAAGGGCUCAGAAUUUCGUUAGUAAGACACUCACGUCUCAAAAAGGGAGGAGUAGUAAAAUAACGUGCUGUAAAUGGUCAAUCAAAUAAUUUUGCAUUUAGUUGAAUUUAGGUGGACUUAAAAUUAGAUAUUUAGAUUCCACUUUGAAGAAUGUUCAAUCCUGCAAGCCCAGCCGGCUGGCUUGCUUGUAAUGCACACAGGAAGAAGAGAUACACCAACAAUGCUAGGGCAAACCAAAUAUGUCGUGCGUGUGGGGAAGUCGCCGCAUCAACAACUAGGAUUGAAGAUAAAGAUAACGAAAACAAACUAUUGUUUUCAAGGUGCAUUUACCAGAAACGCAAUCAGAAUGGGAAAAUUUGGCUUCAAUAAAAGAGCCCUGCACACACAGCUGGAUCUCAGCGACGCCCACAGUGCUGUCGUAGUGCCUGUGCGAUUGUCAAGUUAAAAACAAAUGGCAUCUAUAGCGUCAGUGAGGCUUUGUUUAAGGCGCCUUUAGAUUUGACCUCAUUACCUUGGUAUUUUAAAAGAAGGGGAGACGAAUAUAAUAGGAUUGAAAACUCAAAGGAAAUACAGGUAUAAAAAGGCGCAUGAACAUCGAAAAUUCACUUCACUUUGAAAGGUUACAUAACAAGAGUCCAAGUCUCAGAACUCAAAUGAUGAAGAUGUUUGCUGGUCUUCUACUUUGCAUUCUUUAUGUUCCAUAUGUCUCCAUGGAGAUGUUGACAGCUGAUUUAAGUGCGCCGUCUUCAGAAUUUGUAGAAACGUUCGAGAAGCGAUGUCCACCUGGACUAUGGUGUGGGAAGAAACGUGGAAUUCCCGAGGAACAGGCGAUGGUAUCCGACGAUGAAGACCAACAUGCCGAAGUAGAUGCUUUCGAGAAACGUUGCCCUCCAGGUUUGUGGUGUGGUAAGAAGCGAAGCUUUUCUGGAAGUAAAUCAGCAGCAAAACCUAACACCCCGAUCGAGGAGGACAAGGAAAAUUUGGCUAGUACAUUUGAAAAACGUUGCCCCCCUGGUCUCUGGUGUGGAAAGAAACGAAACGUACCCGAAGAAAUAUCAAUCGCAGCGGACCAGAACAGCGAAACGGUAUUGGAUACAUUUGAGAAGCGUUGCCCUCCAGGUCUGUGGUGUGGGAAAAAACGUGGCUUAUCAGAGGAAAACAUGAUGAAAACGUUUGAAAAGCGAUGCCCUCCUGGUCUAUGGUGUGGAAAGAAAAGACAAGUAAGCGAAAACAAAGCGACUGAAGCAGCUGAAGCAAACAAAGUGGCCGACCAGUUCGAGAAGCGAUGUCCACCUGGACUGUGGUGUGGAAAGCGAGAGUUGUCCAAUCAAAAAUCUAUCAAUGCUGCACAAACCGAAGAGGAUCCCGACCAUUCAUUGAUGAAGGCGUUUGAGAAGCGCUGUCCUCCUGGAUUAUGGUGUGGAAAGAAACGAGAAGCUCCAGAGGCUAAAGAGAAAAGCGAUGAUUCCACAAUGAAAGACGACCCCGAAGAAUCCUCAAGUAUGAAGUCUGAGGCUAAAGGACCCAAAAAGCAAGGCCCGCUAAUGGAUGUCUUUGAAAAACGUUGCCCACCUGGCCUGUGGUGCGGUAAAAAGAGAGCCAUUACUGAGGAAAUCGCGGCUGAAGACGAAGAAAAAGCCGAGAGUUCGCCAUUAGAAGCUUUUGAAAAGCGAUGCCCGCCUGGCUUGUGGUGUGGAAAGAAGCGAACAAUCUCCAAAAUGAUAAAAGCACUGAAAAAUUGACGAGCCAGAAAAAAAAAUAAUCUAGCUUGAACGACGCUUUCCGAGGAAUUGCAUUCAACGCUAGUUAGGAUAAACUCGAAAUAAAAUUAUGCUGACAUAUUUGGACACGAUCCAACUAAUUGAAAAUGGAUAUUUAAAAUAAUGGAAUAAAGUAAUUUUAAUGAG